AUGUCGUCGGAGGACGGGCCGAGAAGCGAGACCGUGGUACCAGACAGGAGAAGUGUUGCUGAUCUUCGUCGCCAUAUCACGUCUCAGCUGGAAAUGAAAGCGCCAGAGUCGUCGAGGGGUCCUAACCGGGCGGAAGCUGCUGAUUCUCCGGUGCCUUCUCGACAGUUUCCGCACAACUUUGUCAAAGUGCAUGAGGGUGCCGACCCUGAGAGCAAAAAACCGUAUUUUGGACGAGUUUUAGACGGACCGGUCGUUCUUUCUCCAGACAAAUUCUACCAAGGAGUCAUGCCAGCAAGUCUCAUCCAACCUCUCGUACCGGCUUCUAUUCCAACACCAGACACUAAACCUCCGUCUCCUAUGCCGAAAACAGGGUCGAAAUUCUCCAAACGAAACUCGUUCAUAAACCGACUUGCCAGGGAGUCCUCACCGGUCGAGAAUCACGACUAUGCUCAAGACGAAGGGUCACGGCAACUAGAGCAGCCAGAGAAGCCCACGGCUGCACCGCAAAACGAGAACGGCAAUCGGUUACCGGAUGAAGUUGAAGCGUCGAGACCUUCUUCUUCUACUCACGAACUACCAUCAACGACACCGCCGCCCUACCGAACUGCUCCAUUCACUGAGAAGAGCUUUGAAACAGUCUUCCAGGCGGCUGCUGCUCCUGCUGAGAAAGAUCGACACGGAAGUGAGCAGAUGAAGUCGCCUGUUACUCCUGUGAAAGAUGAACUUAAGAGCAGUUUUACAGAAAACAGAAUGCCUGAUUUGCUCAAGUCUCGAAGCCCAGCACCAUUCUCCUACUCAGCUUCACCAAACCCGGAGAUUCUCUCAACGGCAGCCGUUCAAGAUCUUACAAGCAGCCUGACCGAAGCGCUUGCUUCCUUCUCGAAAACGCCUCCAGCUUCUAACGUCACAAGUGAUAGUGGUUACGAUGGCGAUGGUGCCCUGCAGCAGACACCGCAGGAUCGUACUCCCAGGACAGAGCAAUCCUUUUCUGAUCACAAAUUUGACACGAUUUCGAGCACUGAGAAUUGGUCACGGUCGACCCAAGAGGCGAUGCCUUCGAUUGCCCCUAUGGGUUCAGAAGGUGGGCGACAAACGAACCAGGGAAGUCUGCCGAGAGGUUCGGAAUUGCCCGCCUCCUCGGUUCCCAUCGAAGCCGGCGCCGACCGAGCCAAAUGUACGACAAAAUUCGCUCACGCCGCAUCCUCCACGCACUACGCCGGCAGAUGCUCGCUACUGGUUAUAGACAGUGUUCAAACGAAAAUGCACAAGAUCGAUCUC